AUGCUGCGUGACGUGAACGACAUCCGUGCAAAGGUCGAAGAAGAUAUCCAGUACAUGGAACGGGCAGUAAGUCAAGGGACAGCGCCAACGGAUAUCACCGAUACAAAGGACAGUCGGGCACUUUCCGCUGCAUUCGAUAAACUCUAUUACGAACUCACUGCCUUUUCUGAUGUACAUCAUUUUACGCUGGGACGAGUCCAGGAUCGAUCAUUGGCUCCGAACACGGACCCAAAUAACAGUAUUGCAAACCUGUCUCACUAUCAAUUACCAAAACGCAAGUUCCCUACGUUCUCUGGUGCAAUCACGGAAUGGCAGGGAUUCGACGACAUUUUCAACUCAAUCAUGUCCUACAUGGCAGAUCUUCCGGACGUGGAGAAAUUUGAAUUUCUAAAAACAUCUCUCGAAGGUGAAGCGUUAUCACUUGUUGUUCACCUUCCACUGACCGCCGCCAACUACUCCAGUGCAUGGGGUUUAUUACGUGUCCGAUAUGGGAAUAAGCGAGAUUUGGCCAGAGUCCAUCUUGAAGCUCUUCUAGCUCCGCACUCUGUGCUAUCUAACGAUGCAGGUUCCAUAAAAUCUCUCAUCCAGUCAAUUCUGGAACAUACAGCUGCAUUGGACAACCUGGGUCUAACCACUCGGCUAUGGAGUCCUAUCUUGAUCUAUAUUUUCGAAAAAUAUUUGGAUUACGACCUCCGUGCUCGGUGGGAAAUGAUUCUCGGUGAACGGCAUCAACCACAGAUUUCUGAAUUCGUCGAGUUCUUGCGUUCUCACGUGCGGUUCGCCGAAGCUCGGCCAGGGCUUUAUUCUGCAGUGAUCCAAGGUUCUACUGGUCAAUUCCAAUCCUCUGCAAAAUCGAAAUCCACCCAAUGUCAGCGUCCUACAUCUUCAUCAAAAGUACUGAUUGCAACCACUCACCAGUCUGCCACUCCGUCAAAACCUUGUCCAUUAUGUAAACAGACCCAUGCAAUACGUCAGUGCCAAAUAUUUACGAACCAAAGCCCAACAUUUCUCGAAUAA